AAAAAUUCUGACUCCCCCUGAUCAGAACUCGAGUGGCAAGAAAAAAUAGCACGAAAUAAGGCUUCAUGGAACUCGGCAAACUUGCUGCUUGGGACAGAUUUCCCCAAUCUUAAUUCUGAUUCCAUUUUCAACGUUUUAACUGCAAUUUGCUCUGGUUAAAGCCCCCCAGAAAGGUCAUACAAAACCCUCCAGAUAAGGUUUUUAGAUUCUCCAUGGAAUCCUCCGCCCUAGUUUCCUUCUCUUUCUACUCUUCCUUUCAAGGUGGAACUCUUGCCGGUGCGGGUGCCGCUGCCAGUUGGCGUUCUUUCAGUCGAAGCCGCCGCCGCCUGAGAUCCCUCUCUUUCCCGUUUCCUUCAACAGUACAGCCUGUUGUGAUCUGGCGGCGUCGAUUCCUAUCUGUCGUCCCCGUGGCAGCUUACGGAGGUCGCGGAAGUGCAGGGAAGAGAGCAUAUCGCCAGUCUCAGGUGCAGCAGGGUCUCCCUCAUAUUCCGGUGAAGGAGAUCGCUUCGUUCGUCGUCCCCGCGGGAACUUUUCUUGCCAUUACCUUCGUUUUAUGGAAGGUGGUCGAGAAAGUUCUUAUAACAAAGCCAAAGGGUCAGCCAUCGACCGAGAAUAAAUCUACAACAACAGGAGUGAAGUGGUCCUUUUCCCCUGGGACAAAUCUGCCAAUGGGAAACAUUUUCAAGAAUGCAAGGGACUCAAAUAAAAAGCUCAAUGAAUUUAUCAAAGAACUCAAGACAUUUAGAAGUGUUGACUUAUCUGGCCAUAACUUUGGGGAUGAUGGGCUAUUCUUUCUUGCUGAAAGCUUAGCUUUCAAUCAGAGUGCAGAGGAUGUGGAUUUUUCUGGAAAUGGGAUAACAGCUGCUGGAUUGAAAGCAUUUGAUGGUGUUCUUCAAGCAAAUACUGUAUUGAAAACACUCAAUCUAUCUGGAAAUGCAAUUGGUGAUGAAGGAGCUAAGUAUCUUUCUGAUAUUUUGAUGGGGAAUAGUGGGAUCCAGAAGCUCCAGCUUAACAGUACCGGUAUUAGCGACGAGGGGGCAAAGGAUAUUGCAGAGCUGCUAAAAAAUAAUUCAACAUUACGUGUUUUAGAGCUUAACAACAAUAUGAUUGAAUUUUCUGGAUUUGCUGGUCUUGCUGGAGCACUUCAUGAAAACAACUCUAUUAGAUCGAUACAUCUCAAUGGCAAUUAUGGGGGCGCACUUGGAGUAGCAAGCUUGGGCAAAGGCAUUGAAGGAAACAAAUCUUUAAGGGAACUUCAUUUACAUGGCAAUAAUAUGGGUAAUGAGGGUGUCCGAGCACUAGUGUCAGGCUUAUCUUCCCACAGAGGAAAAAUAACACUUUUGGACUUGGGGAAUAAUGAUAUUGAUCCAAAAGGUGCUUUCCAUGUUGCUAAUUAUAUCAAGAAAACAAAAUCCUUGCUAUGGCUGAACCUUUACAUGAAUGACAUUGGUGAUGAGGGGGCUGAAACGAUUGCUGAUGCCUUGAAGCAGAAUCGGACGAUAACUACAAUAGAUUUGGGCGGUAACAACAUCCAUGCAAGUGGAGUUAGCGAGAUAGCCCAAGUAUUAAAAGACAAUUCGAUCAUCACUACAUUGGAACUAGGUUACAACCCAAUUGGGCCUGAUGGAGCAAGGGCUCUCUGUGAUAUUAUCAAGUUCCAUGGAAAACUAGAAACUCUAAAACUUGGUUGGUGCCAGAUUGGAGCAAAAGGAGUGGAAUACGUUGCAGAUGCUUUGAAGUACAACACCACAUUAUCAACCCUUGAUUUGCGGGCAAAUGGGUUGGGAGAUGAUGGUGCAAUCUGCUUAGCACGCAGCUUGAAAAUUGUUAAUGAGGCAUUGACAUCUCUUGAUCUGGGUUUCAAUGAGAUCAGAGAUACUGGAGCAUUUGCGCUAGCCCAAGCACUCAAGGCAAAUGAGGAUCUUGCUGUCACGUCGCUAAACCUUGCGAGUAACUUUUUGACCAAAUAUGGGCAGGUGGCUUUAACCGAGGCUCGAGAUCAUGUAUAUGAGAUGAGUGAGAAGGAGAUCAGCAUCUAUUUCUAGCUGUCAUCAUCCUUUUCAGUUUCUUCCCCCAUUUUUGUGAGGACUAGGAGUAUAUACCUACAGAAUUUGUUACAUUCAUAUCCUACAUGGUAGGCUUUACUGAGGAAACAUGUGAAAUAGAUGUAAGGAACAGUUGGUUAGUAUAACUUAUAAUCUAUAUGGUUUUGGUUUUGGUUUUGCUAAACGUUCUUUUGCCAGCUUUCUUGUAAAAUGUAUAUUUUUUCUUUACAAGCAAGUUAUACUUUCUGGGUGUUCUGUGCUCCA